AUGGGCAAGGACGAGGAAAACUACGAUCCGGAAACCUUGCGGAAGAAGAUCAAACGGGUGGACUCCUUGAUUCAGGAUGAAGUACCUGCGAGUCCAGCGCAUGCUCGGCUAGAAAGAAAAAGAGCAAAAUAUGUGAAGCAACUCUCAGAAAAGGAAGGCAUGAAGGUUGAUCUUGACGACGAUGAUGCUCCAAUGCCACCGCCUCCUGAGAGGACUGAGUCUCUGAUGAUGUCCAUUCGAGAAAGCGAGGAUGAUCCAACGCCAGCCAAAAAGGCAAAGGAACAAUCGUAUACUUAUGAGACCCUUGAGAAGAAGAUUGCUCUAGUAGAAUCUUUGAUGAAGGACGAAGAUGAUUCCUUCAGUGAUGAAUUCAAGAAACUGGAACGGAAGAGGGACAAGUAUAUGGCUCUUUUGAAAGCCACUGACAAGUGGAAGGAAUUGCACCCCGAUGGUGACAGCGAGGACGAGGAGGAGGAGGAACUCAAAUGGGAACGUAAGGAUACUGCAAGCAAAGAAAAUGAUACUGCAAGCAAAGACAAAUCAACCGAUGAAGAAGAAGAGGACGACUUUGAUGUGGAUGCAGUCGGCUUGAAGGCGGGAACCGUUCCUGACGAAAUCAGGCUGGGAGGAGAAGGCGGCUACCAAUUGACUGACUUCCUAGACGACUCGAAACUUUCAGCCGAGAAAAAGGAGUGCAAAGAAAUGCUUCUUAAGCUCAUGGCGAUGAAUGGAGAAAAACCUGGAACGGAAUGCGAUUUGGAUGAGGAUUUCCUCAUUACUCUCUGCGGAAAAGUGAGUGAAUUAUUCCUGAAAGAUCCAAUGGUUCUAAGACUCAAAGCGCCGAUCAAAAUAUGCGCUGAUAUUCAUGGGCAAUUCUUUGAUUUGUUGCGCAUCUUCGAUUACGGUGACUACCCUUCCAAGUCCGACUAUCUAUUUUUGGGUGACUACGUCGACCGUGGAAAGCAAUCCGUUGAAGUUGUCGCCAUGUUGUUUGGCUUCAAAUUUCUCUUCCCCGAAAAGCUGCACAUGCUCCGUGGCAACCACGAAAGUGGCAGUAUCAACCGAAUCUAUGGCUUUCACGACGAGUGUGGUAGAAAGUAUUCCAAUAAGUUGUACAAGGCCUUUGUCAAAGCCUUUAACUGCUUGCCUGUCGUAGCCGUGAUUGAUGAAACUGUUGUCUGCAUGCACGCUGGUAUCAGUCCCAGUUUGAUGGAUUUGGACGAGGUCAACAAGAAAGAGCGUCCAUGCGAGAUCCCGGAAGAAGGUUGGAUGUGUGACUUUGUGUGGGCCGAUCCCGACCCAGAUGUGAAGGGCUUUGAGGAAAGCGACCGUGGUGUCUCGUAUUUAUUUGGAGGUGACGCUUUGUGCCAGUUUUUGGAAAAGAACGACUACGAACUCGUCGUUCGUGGUCACCAAGUAGUCGAAGAUGGAUACCAAUUCUUCCAUGAACGCAAACUGGUCACACUCUUCUCGGCUCCAAACUACUGUGGAGAAUUUGACAACGCUGGUGCUAUCAUGAUUAUUGCCAAGGACAUGACUUGUUCCUUCCAGAUUUUUAAGCCAGUUUCAAGACGACGCCAAUCGUUGAUUCGAGAGUUCAGCACAAAAGGAGGUUUUCUCCAGGAGGUUAAGAGUGAAGAUUCAGCAGAUACAGCUAAAAAGCUCCCAGAAGACCUGGAUAAUGGAACUAGUAUCGCCAAAGAAAAGAAUGCCGAUCGCAAGAGUUAUUCUCGACAGUCAGUGGAUUUAGGCGGAAGCGGAUUCUCAGAAGUCUUUUUUGCUAAGAAUCUGACGACGACAAUGCAAAUUGAGGAUUUGACGCGAAAGAAUACUUCUUGGGGAGAUAUCUGGGAGGAUUUGUUCUACGACGACACCCAACUGGCGGAAUUCAAGUACAAUGCCUUUAUGGAGUCACUUGAGGACGAGUAUUAG